CAGCGCGGGGACAAGACGGUGCGCCGCCGCCGGAGGACGCGAGCUUCCACCAGGCCACGCCGUCCUUGCCCCUGGACACCCAGCUCCACCAGCUCUGACCAUGGCACUGUGCCUGAAGCAGGUGUUCGCCAAGGACAAGACAUUCCGGCCUCGAAAGCGCUUCGAGCCAGGUACACAGCGCUUUGAACUGUACAAGAAGGCACAGGCAUCGCUCAAGUCCGGCCUGGACCUGCGCAGUGUGGUGAGGCUACCACCUGGGGAGAGCAUCGAUGACUGGAUCGCGGUCCACGUGGUGGACUUCUUCAACCGCAUCAACCUCAUCUACGGCACCAUGGCCGAGCGCUGCAGCGAGACCAGCUGCCCGGUCAUGGCCGGCGGGCCGCGCUACGAGUACCGCUGGCAGGACGAGCACCAGUACCGGCGGCCCGCCAAGCUCUCCGCGCCGCGCUACAUGGCGUUGCUCAUGGACUGGAUCGAGGGCCUCAUCAAUGAUGAGGAUGUCUUCCCCACGCGUGUUGGAGUUCCCUUCCCCAAGAACUUCCAGCAAGUCUGCACCAAGAUUCUAACCAGACUCUUCCGAGUCUUUGUCCACGUCUACAUCCACCACUUCGAUAGCAUCCUCAGCAUGGGGGCAGAGGCUCAUGUCAACACCUGCUACAAGCAUUUCUACUACUUCAUCCGAGAGUUCAGCCUGGUGGACCAGCGGGAGCUGGAGCCACUGAGGGAGAUGACAGAACGGAUCUGUCACUGAGUCCAGGCCUAGAUGUUGUUGGACCAUCGGAACACAGCGUGGCUGGCAGAGGAGAUUCUUGGGAUUCCCGUGAUAGAAGAAUCUGAAGGCCACAGGACUCCUCCACAUACCCAGUGCCUCCGGACUUCUGGUUCUCCGAAGUCUGCUUGUGUGUCCCCCUGACUGAAUGGAGAAGGAGAGGGCUUCAAGUGGAAAACAGAAGGACUGGAGGAAUCAAACCCCUGGCAUGAAGUCUGGGAGUGGGGCGGGCUACCAGGUUCUUCUCCAUUACUUCAUCCUUCCAAGGUGGUUCCCAGGCCUGUUUGGGAAGUGUGUAUGUGGCGGAGGGGAUGGAAAGACAGGUGCAAGAGAGGAAUGCCUGUGUGUGAGUGAGCACAGAUGCCAGUGUGAGUGUGUCUGUGAGCGUGAUUUUGACUGUGGGGUGUGUCUCAGAGCCAGACGCUCCCUGACACAUAAGUAGGCCCUCCAGAUGGAUGGAUGGAUGGUUGGAUGUAUAGAGAGACUGAGACUAUUUGACCAUGACCACUGUAGGAAUAACGAUAGGCCAGUAUCCCCACUCAGGGUAUCUGACCAGGUGUGUGAGUUCAUAAAAUGCGGUUGUAGAUGUAGGACAGGUGAGUUUCUCAGACAACCAUCUUCCAUCAGCAUGAGUCCUGGGAAGCUGGGUGGAAGUUGUAAAGGGGACACUUUACCUGAGUUCCUUAAAGCCCUGGCCUACCACAGCUGUCAUUUCUGAUUUGCUCAGCCAGGGACUCCAACAAGCUGUCAUUUCACUCCUGCUUGUCUCUAGAAGCACCCCAUAACAGGCCUUCUGAGCAUCCAGAUGAUCUUUUGUGUUCACAAAGAUCUCCUGUCUCUUAAACUGUGAAUCAUGUACUCUCUAGCUCCCAGAUCUAUAGGCCUGACUCACAGGAUCUGAAGCCCACUACAGAGUAACCCUCCAGCCCAAAAAGCCAGUGGAACUCGACUUGGGAAGUCUGUGGAAGCUUGCCUCCCACCCCAGGACACUGAGGACCAUGUAGCUGGGGAAAGCCCCUAUCCUAAACAUACUUGCCUCCUUCCCAACCAUCUCAGAGACAUCCCAGCUGGUUGAUCUCCACACAGCUAUUCACAGAGAGGCUGGGAUGUUCAAUCAGCAACCCAUUGCUCAGUACCUCCGUGUCCAGCCCUGUGCCCCAACCCACAGGUGUGGGAACUCAAGCAGGAAUAGGAUUCUGCCCUCCCAGAGCCCUACACUGGGAGGCUAGGAUGGAGAAUCAGAAGGGUCCUGAGAAUCAACCAGUCUGAGUCUCUCAGUGUGCAACAGAGGAAACUGAAGCCGGGAGAAGAGAGGAAAACUGUCCACCCUGAGGGUGAAUCUUUUGUGGAGCUGGAGUAAAAUCAAGGAGUCCUGACUCCCACCCAAGGGCCCAUUGAUUACUACAGAGAGAUACACAUGGGAAGAGGUUUUGGCAGAUCCUCUCUCUCCAGGACACAACUGUUCUGCUGUAAGCAAAGAUUUCUAGCCAGAUGGCAAGCACCCCACCUCCCCUUGGGUUGGCUGGGGUUGGCUGCUGAGCCAAGCCUCCAAAAUCAUGUUCCUUUUGAUGGCCUAGAAACUGCCUGUCCUCUGGGGAAACAGAGCUCAAGGCCAGCCAGCUGGGCCUGGGACUUCUGCCUCUGCUGGCUCCAAAGAAUUUCCUGAGAGAUGCAUUCUGGUGUAGCAGCUUUACCAGCAGCUCCGGAGUAAGGGGAGUAGGAGUUUUCCCCAGCAUGGACUGCGGCUUGCAUGAUGGAUUCUAGGCUGUGGCAAGGGCUAGUUGUGGGGAAUGGUUGGGGGAUCUAUUUUUGUGAAACAGAGAAAAGACUUUAUUGUUGUUAUUUUUGGUAAAAUAAAAGAAGUAAGGGGCUGGG